GAAAGGUGAGGAAAUUACUUUAUCCUAUCCUAGCAACUUCAGUGAAUCAAAUCAAAAGUCUAAGUAAAUAUAAACCAAAUUCAGUGCAUCAAAAAAUACAAUGGAUGACGACGAAAUUGUCGGCGGGGAUGUUUAUGCCCAUUUACUCAAACGCCAUUUGUACAAUUAUCCCAUGGAUGGAAGCCACAAGAAGUGGGUGAAGCCCCAAAUAAUGAUCUUAUUCGCCAGCGGAGAUUUGGACAAGGCUUUGGAGAUCAUUGUCAAGGACCUGAGGCAUCCAAUCGGAAAUGGUUUGGUGGUCAGCUUGCUCGUGGAGGAAUGCAUCCGGGAAGAGGUGAUCAAGAGGCUGCGUGCUGAGAUGCAACCCAUGGAUACACGCAUACAACGGCAUCCGCAAUAUCUCAGAUCAAUGCAGAUCAUCGACCGCCUGCACUGCCAAACUGUUCACAUGGAGGAAUUCGACGAAGAAGAUACGAAACAGCGAAAUGGUCGCCGAAUACAGGGAUCCCCGAUAGUAGUCUUGGACUUCCCCCAGUAUUAUUUUGGAGAUACGCCCACGGCUGUGAUAACCAUGAAUACCUUUCGAACGCUCAGCGAAGCGGUACGACUUUACAGGAGAGAACGGAUUAGCUUUGAGGCGACUUCUGUGUGGUCCGGGAAAUUGGCUCAGUGCUUCGAUAUGGUGACCAGAAUUCCGGAAGCCACGAACUGGACUUUCAACAGCAGUAGUCACAACAUUAGGAAACCCACCAUCACCAAUUCUGUGGUUUUUGUCGAAAGAAACGUUCACUAUGAGUUUCAUGAAAUUGGUGGCAAGAUGCACACCAUAGCCUUUCCCACUGUCCCUGCCUUGCAGGCUCUUACUGCAACGGAGAGUAAGUAUAACUUUCGCAGAGACUGAUCUGUACGAAAUAAGGCAUUUAAAUUUUAAAUGGAAGCUGGUUUUUUGAGAUAAUCUAGAUAAAAUGAAUAAUAAAUGUUGUAUUA